GAGGAGAGGGGACGUCCAUAGAUCUUGACUCGUGCACGCCAGCGAGCUCUUUCUUCCUCCGCGCCUCCUCUUCCUCCCUCUUUCUCUCCAACUCCAGCCGUUCCUUCUCCAACUGCGCCUUCAGCAGGUAGCGCCGCCCGUCCAUCGUCUGCGUCUCCUCUCACCGACUUCACAAACAAAUAAAGAGACCUUCAGCUCUGUAGGUCUGUUCUUCCUUGCGGACAACUGCACAGCUCAGCGGAAACGGAAGGGCAGCGCGCGGGAGUGGAUUUCAGUCUACGACAAGGGCUUUCUCGGUUUUCCGGUACAGAGCCAGGUGGUCAAGUUCCUGAAUUUGUUCUUCUCUCUCGAGUGUGCCGAGGUGAGCUUUCUUCUACGCCGGGACACGGCUACAGGCCGAGAAACAACCUUAGUCAGCCGGAGGCCAUUUUAGCUCCAAGCUAGCUCAAUAUGACGUAAGAAACAAUGACGCAAUUCAUUGCAUCACGUGCAAUUCCCAACAAACAAAUUUCGGGCAGGCCUAGCGCUAUAGCCUGUUAAAAAAUCUGCGUGCAGGUAUAAAAUUCAUUGUAUUUUGAGACGUGUAGUUCUUGCAGCGAUGGAACCAAAUCUCACUGAACAUCUUCGAGAGCAGAACGAGUACAAGAUAAUUGUGAUAGGGGCAGUGGCGGUGGGGAAGACGAGUUUAGUGAUGAGAUAUGUUCACGACCAGUUCCGCGAGAGAAUGUCCACUCUGAUAGCAGAGAAGGAUAAAGUGGUGACAGUAGAUGGACAGGAAGUCCACCUCAAAAUAUGGGACACUGCAGGCCAGGAACGAUACCAGAGUAUUACCAACAGGUUCUAUGCAGAGACAAAGGCAGUGAUAGUGGUAUAUGACAUUGUCAAUGAAGAUACGUGGACAGAUGUGGACUACUGGGCGAAGGAGCUCAACUAUUACCUCCUGAAUGAGCUGGACGCGGGGAUGCCUGUCCUGUUUGUCGGCAACAAGAAGGAUCUAGUAGAUCGUAGAGAUGAGGACCAGAAGAUAGUCAGCUUCAGACAGGUGCAGGAGGUAGCGAAUGCCUAUGGGUUUCUGUCUCCAGUAGAGGUCAGUGCCAAGACAGGCCACAACGUGGAGAAAGCCUUCACGGCCAUCGUCAGACAGCUACUGAAAAUCAACGAGGGGAAGGACUCUUCUCACACUAGACCUAAGGAUAAUUUUAAACCACCUGGCUCUACAUGCUGUUCCGUCUCAUGAGACUUUCUAUCUCUUCCUCUCCUGGCAGCUACUGCCAGUUUUUACUUUUGUAUAUAUCAUCAACUUCACUUGCCACUAAUUUUUUUAAGCCUUCUGUGUGUGCGUGUUCAAAAAUUAUAAUAUAAUUAUAUGGCAGUUCAAGACCUCAACAUUGAACAGAACAUGCUAUCUAUCUAUCUAUCUAUAUAAUAUACCUAUGGCUGGUAUGCUAUGAACUAUAAUUUCAUGCAUAUUAUCAUGUCAGGUGAUCAGGUAAAAUUCCAUGGCUUCUCUGUUGGGGGCGUGGCCUCCUCCGAAUGAGUUUCAUAUUCUGUCCAAACAUCGUCAUAGCUACCUCAGCAGCAGAAGAUGAGGUCCGUGUUGACUGCUGUGGAGGAUGAGGAUCAGGAGCUGGCGGAGAGGACGACAGACAAUUCUCCAUCAACUGGUCCAGUGACUUCUGACCUUCCACUUCAGAAUCAGAGAAAUGGAGACUGGAGAGUGAGAGGUCAACAGCAGGCUGGGGCAGGGGAAGAGUUUGGGGAGAGGUUCCAGUCUUCGCGUCAGUCUCUGGCUGAUUCCCAGUCUUCGCAUCAGUCUCUGGCUGAUUCCCAGUCUUCGCGUCAGUCUCUGGCU